ACAUCAAACAAAGAAGGUGGCGGGGAGUGCAUUUUUAGAGGGAAAAAGGAAAAGCAGCAAAAACAAAAACCCUAGGGUUUAUGAUUCGGACCGUUUGAGUUGAAAGCUUUCGGAUUGGAGCCAUCAUCCAAAUUUUCGUGGAGAUGUUCAACAACAAGAGCUUUUCCAUGGCCUCUGUUUCGGGUUCAUUGUCUGAAAGCUUUCGGAAAGUGCCUCCAAUGGCAGUUCCAGCUAUCUUGGAUUGCCUUUUAGCUUCUACCGGGUUAUCCCCAUCCGAGCUUUUUGCUUCGCUUCUCGACACUUUUCCGAACAAUAUUGAUGAUGUCACCACGAAGGAGGGAAAGCUCGAUCCCGAUCAAUGUAAUUACCUCACAUCUCUGGUGUGCGCGCUGUGCCACAUACUUAAAAAAAAUGGUGCUGAUCCUGAUGCUUUGAAGUUAUUUAUAUGGAAAAGUUUUGUUCCUUUGAUAAACAAGGCAGCUGCAUUUAAUCGGGAAAUGCUUAACCAGGUCUCUGAAUCAUUCAUUGAUGUUGUCAUUGAAACGAACUCAUGGCCAAUUGUUGAAGAAACUCUAGUUCCAUUAUGUAUAAGUUCAGCUCUUUAUUCCACAACCAUGCUGCAAAAUGAGCAGUUGGGCACCUUUGAGGGCGACAGAUGUUCUGUCAUUCUGGGCUCAAAUGGCUCAGUGCAUGAACCCAAAAUGGAUAAACAAAUGAUAAAGGGAUACGGGUUCCUUCCAUUACCAUUAGCAUGCCAUAUUUUGGCUAUAAUGCUAGAUGCUGUCCUUUGUAAUAGACAAGCACCACAAACAACAGAGGUAGUGGUGUCAAAUGGAUGUCAAAAAGCUGAAGAGUUUACCGUUAAACUGAUUCGGGAUAUUUGCAAUUUAUCUGACCAAAUGCUUUUACAAAGCUCAGAUCAUCGGUCUUGUGCCAUUCGCUAUCUUCUACCAGUAAUCUUUGAAGCACUUCUUUCUCAACACAAUUUAGAGAUCUCCAUUCAAGGGUAUGCUUGUAGUCUCUCCAGGAAUCGUUUCCUCAUGAAAAUAUGGAAUUGUUGCAAAAAACUAUUUUCAUUUGGAACUUUGGAGAGAAGAGAUGCAUAUACGAUUUUGUCUCUUUAUUUAAGUUUUUUCCCUCACAAUGAAGAGCUUGAAGGUGCUGGAAUGUGUGAUGACGCAGAAGAAUUUGACAUAAAGGCUGAUAAAGAUUUCUGGGUUGAAAUUAAGAGAGGCUUGGUGGAUAAGGAGGGCUUGGUGAGGAAGCAAUCAGUACAUAUAUUGAAGAAAGCUCUAUCUAUUAAUGGAAGAGGCAAUACGUCUAGUGUUCCAAAUACAAUUUCAAGUGGAAAAGAUAAUAAUGCUCGAGGUAUUACAAAAAGGGAAAGAUGGGCCAACAAGGAAGCAAAAUCGCUUGGUGUAGUGCAAACUUGUAGCCAACAUGAAAUUGUUACUAAUAGCCUGCAGCAAAAGUGGGAAGCAUUCAUACUUCUGUAUGAAAUGCUUGAAGAAUAUGGUUCACACUUGGUUGAAGCUGCUUGGAAUCACCAGAUAUCCUUGUUACUACGAGAUCCAACCUCAAUUAAAUUUGACAGCUUCACUGGUGGCUUUUAUCAAAACCAAAUUGAAAUGUCCGGCGAAAUCUUUAGUUGGUUAUCAAUCUUGUGGGUUCGGGGUUUCCACCAUGAUAAUCCUUUAGUUAGAUGCCUGAUCAUGCAGUCCUUUUUGGGCAUUGACUGGAGGAAUUAUGUAUCCUGUUUAAUGUCAUUGCCACAAACUUUUAUCAUUGGACCAUUCAUUGAAGCACUCAACGAUCCUGUGCAGCACAAAGAUUUCGGUGUAAAAGGAGUUUACUCAUCUAAGACAAUCGAAGGUGCAGCCCAUUUUAUACGACAAUAUGCAAAUUGUCUUGAUGCGAGGACAACUGUAGUGUUUUUGCAGCAGCUCACAUCUUUGACCAAGAAGAAAUCAUUUGGUCGAGUUGGGUUGAUCAGCCUAUCUGAAUGCAUUGCUUCAGCUGCUUCAAUAGUUGGAUUUGAAAAUGAUUGUGAAGGAGAGUGCUUUGAUCCCCAAGGGAAUUUGAUAACUUAUUCUCUGGGAUACAAAAUGGAAUUGCUGGAUGAUCUGAGAUUUGUGGUUCAGAGCAGCAAACAGCAUUUCAAUCCUAGUUAUCGCUUUCAAGUUUGUGCAAAAGCUCUAGAGGCUGCAGCUUCAGUCUUGUGUACAUCUGACUUGGAUCUUGAAGUUCUUUUGCUUUUUAUAUCAGCACUACCACGAGAGGCUACUGACUAUGGAGGUUGCUUAAGAGGGAAAAUGCAAAGUUGGCUCUUAGGGUGCGGUAAGAAGUGCUGCAGUGGCAGUUGCUGCAGUACUGAGACAAAGUUUAUGAAGAGUCUCAUUGAGUUCCCUAAACGAUUCAUAUGUCAUAAUCAUUCAUCCAAUGUUUCUGUUACUUAUGAUGACGAAGAAUUGGAAGCAUGGGAGUUUGAGGCAAAACGAUGGGCAAGAGUCGUUUUUCUUGCAGUCAAGGAGGAACAUCAUUUAAGAUCUAUACUGACGUUCAUUCACAAUCAUGGUGUAAAUAUUGGCAAGCAGAAGAGUGAUUUGGAAGGGAUACGCGUGAAGUUUCUAAUACUUAUCUUGAGCUUGGUUCAAGAACUUCAAUUAGUUCAGGAGAAAGCUACUGACCACAACUACAAAUGUGAAACUAAGGAUGAGUAUACCUUGUGUCAGCCAAGUGACGAUUUGAAUUAUGCAGUACCGACUACUUUUAUCAAAAAAUUUGUCAACCUUUUUUCAUCUCUACUGGAAGAGUUGGUUUCUUUUGCUACUGCGUCUUGUUCCAUAUUCUGGUCCAACGUCAAGUCGGAUGAGACAGGACUACCAAGUUCUGUGAAAGGGAAACUUGGAGGCCCCAGUCAACGCCGCUUACCAUCCUAUACUGCUACUUUGGUUCUGCUAGCUGUCACAUCGAUGAAGGCUAUUGCAUUUGUCUUGUCAUGUUGCAGACAGUUUAAAAUCAUUGGUUCACAGAAUUUUGGAGUUGAAUUCUUAUUGAAGUUUUUGUUGAAGACUGUUUCAUCUCCAGCUUAUCGCUCAGAGAGCGGAGUAGAAAUACGUCUUGCAACAUAUGAAGCGCUAGCCUCUGUUCUGCAAGUGCUUGUGUCGGAGUUUUCUUCUCAAGUUCUACAAUUCAUAUGGGAUGAGAAUACAAUCAUGCAUCUAGGAGUAGAAGGAAGACAACCGUUGGACUCUCUUGUUCUUACUUUUCAUCAGCAUGUAAAUGGUAUACUUGAUGCGGGAGUUUUAGUCCGAUCUAGAAGGGCAGUUCUACUGAAGUGGAAGUGGCUUUGCCUAGAAUCUCUUUUAUCAAUUCCACAACGCACUUUUCAAGAUGGACUCUGUUUAGUGGAUAAUAACUCUUUUUUGUCGGAAGCAACUCUUGUGCAGAUAUUUAAUGAUCUUGUUGAAAGCCUCGAGAAUGCUGGAGAAUGCUCUGUUUUGCCCAUGCUGAGAUUGGUUAGAUUGACAUUGUGGCUAUUUUGCAAGGGGAAGUCUGGUCUGCUUGUUACAUUUUGUAAUGGCGUGAAUUCAGAGAUGAUGUGGCGUUUGGUACAUUCCUCUUGGAUAUUGCAUGUCAGCUGCAACAAGCGAAGGGUUGCACAUAUUGCUGCGCUUCUGUCUUCUGUUCUGCAUUCUUCCACAUUUUCUGAAAAGAGUAUGCAUUUAAGUGAGGGUGGAACAGGACCUCUGAAAUGGUUCAUAGAAAAAUUUCUUGAAGAAGGCACAAAAAGUCCUCGAACGUUUCGUCUUGCUGCAUUACAUUUGACCGGCAUGUGGCUCAGUUAUCCAUGGACAAUAAAAUAUUAUGUUAAAGAGCUGAAACUGCUAUCACUAUAUGGUUCUGUUGCAUUUGAUGAAGAUUUCGAAGCUGAAUUAACUGAUUAUGUGGCAAGGACUGAAGUAUCGUUAUUGGCAGAAAGUCCAGACCCAGAGCUCACAGAAGUGUUUAUCAAUACAGAAUUGUAUGCACGUGUAUCAGUUGCUGUUCUGUUUCAUAAGCUAGCUGACCUGGCUGAUAUGGUGGGAUUGUCUAAUAAGUAUGGGAGUUGUUCUGAUGCUGUGGAAUCUGGAAAAUUGUUUCUGCUGGAGCUCCUUGAUUCUGUGGUAAACAACAAUGACCUUGCAAAGGAAUUGUAUAAAAAGCAUAGUGCGAUUCAUAGACGCAAAGUACGUGCUUGGCAAAUGAUAUGUGUUCUAUCCCGGUUUGUCUGCCAAGAUAUAAUUCAGCAAGUUACCAAUAGCUUGCAUGUUGCCCUCUGUAGAAACAACCUUCCUUCUGUUCGUCAAUAUUUGGAAACAUUUGCAAUAAGCAUUUACUUGAAGUUUCCAACACUGGUUAAGGAGCAAUUGGUUCCUAUACUACAAGAUUACAAUAUGAGACCUCAGGUACUCUCUUCUUAUGUAUUUAUAGCUACAAAUGUCAUCCUCCAUGCAACUGAAGCAGUUCAGUCCAGCCAUUUGGAUGAGUUGCUUCCUCCACUUGUUCCACAAUUGACCUCUCAUCACCACAGUUUACGGGGUUUUACUCAGUUACUGGUGUACCAUGUUCUUUGUAAAUUUUUUCCAGUAGUGGAAUUCAGAGCCACUGGGAGUAUGACUUUAGAGAAGAGAUGUUUUGAAGAUUUGAAAUCAUACCUUGAGAAAAAUCCUGAUUGUGUCCGUUUACGGGCAUCAAUGGAAGGAUAUCUUCAUGCCUAUAAUCCUGCCCUAUCUGUGACACCAUCUGGAAUUUUCUCUAGCAGAGUUAAGGACCUCGAGUUCGAGUGUGUCCAAAUAUCUCUCUUGGAGCAAGUUCUUAACUUCCUAAAUGAUGUCAGAGAAGACCUUCGCAGUUCAAUGGCAAAUGACUUGACAGCUAUUAAAAAUGAGAGCUUCAAAACUAUAGAAGAUCACAACCUUAUGGACGUGCCACCUGAUGUAAAUAAAGAAAGUUCUACUUCCAAACUGCCUCUAGCAACUUCUUUGGAUUUUCAGAAAAAGGUCACUCUCUCAAAACAUGAGAAGAAAGACACUGAUACUAGUUCCUACUUGGGCAGAAAAAAAGCUUACAAGUACCUUGAUGAAAUGGAGGAGGAGGAUCAGCUACUUCACCAGCUGCUGCAUUCCAGAAGUUUGUCAAUGGAAGAUUUAAGAAUAAAUCGACAACAUUUUAUCCUUGUAGCAUCUCUGGUUGAUCGCAUACCAAAUCUUGCAGGUUUGGCUAGGACUUGUGAGGUUUUUAAGGCUGCAGGAUUGGCUAUUGCUGACUUGAGUAUACUAAAUGACAAACAAUUCCAACUCAUCAGUGUUACAGCAGAGAAGUGGGUUCCUAUUGUAGAAGUCCCAGUGAACAGUAUGAAACUUUUCCUAGAGAAAAAGAAACAGGAAGGCUUCUCUAUUUUGGGUUUGGAGCAAACAGCUAACAGUGUACCUCUUGACCAGUAUACAUUUCCCAAAAAGACAGUAUUGGUCCUUGGGCGUGAAAAGGAAGGUAUACCUGUUGAUAUAAUCCAUAUACUUGAUGCAUGUGUUGAGAUUCCUCAAUUGGGAGUUGUCAGAUCUCUUAAUGUUCACGUUAGUGGUGCCAUUGGACUCUGGGAGUAUACUCGACAACAAAGACACCAAUCUUUGAAUCAGGUUACCGAAGCAAGAUGUAAAUCUGGCACCCUUGGGCUUUCCACAAGCAUUGACCAGCUAUCAUAAAAAAGACAAAUUGUAAUUCUUCAUCACACAUGAUAUAAAUGUCAAGCUAUAUACUACACUGAUAACUGCAUCAAGCUGUCAUGAUCUUGUCAAGCUUAAAAUUAUGGUAGAGUGAUCAGAGAGAGCUUCCAUUUACACCUCCAAAACUUGAUUCCAUUACCAAAUAUAACUGCUAUGUAUAUAGUUGGAUUAGAUUGUUGCUGAAGAAAACUAGGUUGAUUAUAUCAUACUUUCUUGCUAGGACAAAAAGAUAAAUGUGAUUGCUUUGUAAAUCAAUAUGCAAACUUACAGAAAAGGAAGAGCAUGCAAGAUUAAUUGCUAUGUUUCUUGCAAUUGGUUGCUUGUUCUUUAAGGAAGUCGGCUCUGGUGUUCGGAUAUAU